AUGAUGAACAAGGUUGAUGUGAUUAAUAUUGAUGAACGCCAGUGGGAAAUCUUGUCAUACAUCAGCUACAUUGGCUGCGGUCUGUCUGCGUUCUUUUCUGCUUCCUCUGUCUUGUCAUUCAUUUUCAACAGGUGCUGUUUUUUAUAUAUAAAUGCAUGUAUAAUCUGUGCUUUGAUUCACAUUAUUCUUAACACUGAUACCAAGAGUAUGCAUAUAAACUCAUCAAAGCCAAAGAUUUAUUUACAGUGGAAUUAUUCCAAACUUUUGACCAUUAGUGCAUGUGCGUUUCUUAGGAAAUCAAGGGCAGAAGUGUCCAGCAGCAUCCAUGUGUCUUUGAGUGGCGCUCUGUUUCUCCUCAACAUCAGCUUCAUGCUCAGCGAAUGGGCUGCCACACUGACAGAGAAAAAAUUCUGUGUGUUUAUCGCUGUGAUGAUACACUACAGCCUGCUGAGUUGUUUCACCUGGAUGGCUGUUGAAGCCUUGCAUCUGUACCUUCUUCUCAUCAGAGUGUUCAACAUUUACGUCAAGUACUACAUGGCCAAGUUGUCCCUGAUCGGAUGGGGUGAGUAUAACAACAUAUAAAAAUACAGCAGCCAAAGUCUCACUUUAAUGUCAGUAAAAAUCAUGUUCACAACACAUUUUACUUUCGUAAUAUGGAAAAUUUCGGAAUGAAAUGGGAUAUUUGAUGAGAAAAGGUGUAGGACUUGAUUUCAACAACUGGGGUGUUUCCUAUGAGAAUAGAGGAGGUGGCUGGAAGGAAAGGAUAGAAAAGGGAUUUGUGACAACAGAUGAUUAAAAAUGUAAUUUAAGAGGUAGAGAAGUUUAUUACAUUGUAAUAAACAUUAAAAUAUUUAUUUGAUGAAAGAUUACAAUUUUUGUUGUGUUCUUUGGAAUAAUGUGCAAGGAUUAAUCAUGCACUUUAAGACCAGGAAUAUGUGCAACAAAUGUAAAUAGGUUCAAUUUUGAUUCCACAUCACUUUAAGCUGUUAACUUUUUGAGCAUAGACCUGAUAAUGACAUUUUCAACUAACAUUGUCGUAAAACUUGAAAGCUUUGGAACACAGUUUGGUCUCAAAUAACAUUCAGCUCCCCUCUCUGGAAGUAAUGGGUGGAGCUUGACCUUGUUAUGUUUAGGGUUAGGGUGUGGCUGGACCUUUAAGCUCCACCCAUCUAAAGAGGGGGACUGGAUAUCAAGCUCCACCCACUGGGUUUGCAAUGAGCAGCCUCUCAGAAUAAAAGAGCUUUCAGUAAGAUUUUGUUUGGGUGCAGUACCAAACUUUCCACUAGAUGACCUCCAGGCUCCAUUGGUGGACCAUAUAAGGAGCGGACACAGCUAUUUCCCUAUAUGGUUUGAGAUGUUUGUUAGUUCACAUAUUUCUUUAUGUAGUAUUUAUUUAGGUUUCAAAAUUAAAAUGGAUGUUAUCUUUUGAACUGAGAUUUCUACUGAUCUUUGCAUGAUUUUUACAUUGUUAUUUUAUAAUAAUGGUUUGAACUUGCCUUGUGUACUCGUCACAAAUUAAUAAAUUACUAUUGCUAUGUCAUGUCUAUCAAAAAUCACCAAAAAAAAAAAAAAAAAAAUAGAGCUUUCCAAUGGCAUACAGUUUGUCAAGAUUAGUAAGGUUUACAAUGGGUUAAAGCCAGUGACAGUUUACAAGUUAAGUAGUACGAAGUAGGCACAAAGACUCAGACCAGGACUCUACAAUACUAGAAACAUAAAAAACAAUGAUUGUGGUGGCUCAUCCUGCGAUUUUUCCUCUUGACAGGAGUCCCUGCUGUUGUUAUUGGAAGUCUGCUGUCAAUUCAUAUCAGUCGUCCUAUAUAUGGCUCUAAAAAUGUGACGUUAUCAAAUUCUAAUGCAACAAAUUCAGUUUGUUGGAUCACAGAGUCUUUCAUCCUGUAUGGCGUGAACCUUUCCUACUUCACCGUCGUAUUCAUGUUCAAUUUAGUAGUCCUAAUCACAGUGUCCAGACAGAUCUUUAAGCUAAAGCAAGUGGAGAAAAAGAAGCACAAGAUAAUACCAGUGAAGGACGCGGGCACAGUGCUGGGACUCAUGUGUCUGCUGGGUACAUCAUGGGGUUUGGUCUUUCUUAGCUCUGGAUAUACCAACUACCCUAUACUCUACCUGUUCUGCAUUUCAAAUACAUUGCAAGGGGUUUCUAUCUUUCUGUGGAUAUUUCAGACAGCAAGGCCAGACAAACAGAAAGCAACUCAUACCAAGUCUUUAUCCACUGUGGACACCUUACAAAAGGAAUAGCCCAUGCCUAACAUUUACCAGAUUGCGAUCCUACAACCAAAAUGGGCUAGGCUCAAUAAAUAGCUUGAGUUUUUUAUGGCUGCAUGCUAGUUUUAUUGGGAAACCUGUCUAAAAACAAUCUCUGUUUUUCUUUAAAAAAACAAAAAAUAUUCCAUUUGGUGCCACUAGAGGCACAAAAUUUUGCAUGCUGUGUCUGAAAUCGCCCUUUAUAUUGCCUUAUACAGCGGACUAUUUCAAAGGGACAACCAUUUCUAACCAUAGUGGACAUUAUCGAGUACACUCAUUCAAUCCCAUAAUGCACCACAAUAACAAGAGCAACCCCCGGUAUAUACUCAACAGCUAGAGAAAAACCAUAAUGCACUUCGAAGGCCCCCGAUAUACUUCAAGUGAAAUCAAAGAACAAACUGGUGUGACGUCAUUUAGAAUGAAAUCUGGCCGAAAUGAAGUCCGUUUGAGUUUGUUUCAGUAUUUUGAAACAGCUCACCAAAGCAAACUUCAAAAAAAGUUUGUGCCAUCUAGUAAACACCUUUAAACCGCCAUUGGUCCAUACCAAUUGUGUAUAAGUGGGUGUUAUUAAACUGGUUUCAGCCCUUAAAGGAUUAGUCCACUUUCAAAUAAAAAUUUCCUGAUAAUUUACUCACCCCCAUGUCAUCCAAGAUGUCCAUGUCCUUCUUUCUUCAGUCGAAAAGAAAUUAAGGUUUUUGAUGAAAACAUUCCAGGAUUUUUCUCCUUAUAGUGGACUUCAAUGGACUCCAAACGGUUGAAAGUCAAAAUGGCAGUUUCAGUGCAGCUUCAAAGGGCUUUAAAUGAUACCAGACGAGGAAGAAGGGUCUUAUCUAGAGGAACAAUCUGUCUUUUCUAAAAAAAAAAAAAAUUAUAUACGUUUUAACCAUAAACGCUCGUUUUGAGCUAGCUCUCUUCUUCUUCUUCUCUAUUAGAAUUCCGGCAGUGUAGACACUGCUAAGUGUA